AGCUCAUCAGCCCUAAGCAAACUUAAGGCAAGAUGCACAAAGUGUAAUUGAAGCUGUGUCAAAACUUUUCUCCAUUCCGUAGGGAGCUCGAACUAAGAGAUCAGAGUGACUGUAGAUACUUUCUAUCAGUGAAACAAUGAGAGAAUUCCUGACAAUUAGUUUGUGUUUCCUUUCGGUUUGUGGGACAUGCGGCCAGGAGGAGCCGAAUGGCAUGUGGAGACAGAUGAUUCGGUGGGCGAACAACGGGCAGGUGUACAGUCUAUUAAACAGCGGUGCAGCUUACCGGCCCCUGGGCCAACGGAGCGGAGCGCAGUCGCCUCCCCAAAGCAUCUACCUGAGCACAGGCACCGCCAGGGAGAGCAGCCCCAGCUGGGAACAGAGCCGGCUCUCCCGGGGACCCGGCAGGGCACUCACUACCCGCCAGCUAAAUCCCAGAGCCCGGUCUCACAGCGAGGGGCGGCAGCCCCGGGACAUGGAGCCCCUGUCCCUCCGCCAGGAGCAGCGAGGGGCCGCCGGCCUUUCGGCUGAAAUGCAAGGGGACGAUCCGCGGAGUCACUUCAAGAACGGCAAUAGCGUGUUUUACAACGUCUACAGCUCAACCCCCAGGCAAUCCCGAGCCAUGGUCCGCCGCAGGAUUGGUCUGGGGACCAACUACUUCCAAAACGGGCUUCCUGACCUGGUUCCUGAUCCAUAUUACAUUCAAGCUUCCAUGUAUAUCCAAAGGAUGCAUAUGUAUGCAUUGAGGUGUGCAGCUGAGGAGAACUGCCUCUCAAGGUCUGCCUAUAGUCCCAGAACAAGUGACCUCAGUAUUAGGGUGCUUCUACGGUUUCCUCAAAGAGUCAAAAAUCAAGGGACUGCUGACUUCCUCCCAAAUAGGCCACGCCAUACCUGGGAAUGGCACAGUUGUCAUCAGCACUAUCACAGUAUGGAUCAGUUUAGCCAUUACGAUCUGUUACAGGCCACCACGCAGAGGAAAGUAGCUGAAGGACACAAAGCUAGCUUUUGUCUAGAAGACACUAUGUGUGACCCUGGCAUCCGAAGAAGAUAUGCGUGCACAGCACAUACUCAGGGAUUAGGUCCUGGUUGUUAUGAUACAUACAAUGCAGAUAUUGACUGCCAAUGGAUUGAUAUAACAGACGUCGCUCCCGGCAACUAUGUACUGAAGGUUUCAGUGAAUCCGGGAUUCCUGGUUCCAGAAUCAGUAAUGACGAACAAUGUGGUCAGGUGUGAUAUUCUUUACACUGGGAGUUAUGUGUCAGCUAGGAACUGCAGAAUUACAAGAUACUAAGGAUGACACUUUGAUGUCAAAUGGUGAAUUGCUGGACUCCAAAGUUGGUUAGAAGUGUGUAUAUUCUCAGAAUUUUUACUUGUUCAGUUUUGUGAUUGCAUUUAACAGCUUUGUGGAGAAAGUCUGUGAUUUUAGUUUUGCUUUAGGCCUACAAUAUCGUGUUACCAAUUUAGAAUAACUGUUGCAUGUCAGCAGGGAACUUUGUGACAAUUCUAAUACAAUUUUGCAACCACCAUAAUAUUCCAAGUCCUGUUUUUUCCCUUCCUUUCCUUUCCUUCCCAAUAUCGUUCUCCUGAAGCAAGAGGGUGUUACAGUCAGACAAGACCUGAAUCAAGCACAUCUUGCUGAGUAUGGGAAAUAUAACUUUGCUGGGAAUAUCAAUUACAUAUAUAUUUCUACCAUUUUGUAACAUAGUUCCUUGGGAAUCUAAAAUCUUAUAUACUGUAGGAUGAUGAUGGAGGGAAGUUCAAGAUUACUUUUAAGGAGAUAGAUUAAUAUACUUAAGACCUGAUAAAAUUCUCAGGGCACUGCAACAUGGUUACAGCACAGGUGGAGUUGAUUCAGCCAAUAUCUGAUCAGUUCUCUGCAAGAGCAACUUAUCUCGUCCCACUCUCCUGUCUUUUUUCCCUGUAACCCUGCAAAUCUACAGAUACACUGUUUUCUUAUGACGGUAUUGAUUGAAUCUGUUUCUACACUCAGGCAUUGCAUUCCAGUUUCUAAUGACUCACUACAUAAAAAGCUGCUUCUCUUAUCAAAUGAGGCUUUUUCCUCCUAGUCACCUUAAACUGAUCUCCUUUGGUCUGCGGUAACAAGGUGUAGAGCUGGAUGAAUACAACAGGCCAAGCAGCAUCAGAGGAGCAGGAAAGCUGAUGUUUCGGGUCGAGACCCUUCUUCAGAAAAUCCUUUGGUCUGCAAUCCUUUUGCCAACGGGGACAGUUUCUCUCUUUCUUCUCUGUCUAGACGCCACAUGAUUUUAAACACUUACAACAAAUCUCCUCUUAACUGUUUCUUCAAGAAGAACAGCUUCAAUUUCCCAA